AUGGGUCUGUUAGAACUUGACAGAUACAUUGCCGAUGAUCUUUUCCUGUUUAUUAACCCGGACAUGGUCUCUGUUAAAGUGAUGCGUGAUACAUUGGAAUUGUUUACUAGAAUGUCGGGACUAACUCCGAAUCUAGCUAAAAGUACUACAUUCUUUUGCAAUGUCUCUCAGGUGGUCAAGCAGGAAAUUCGGUCGCUAUUGCCGUUUCAAGAGGGAGAGCUCCCUGUGAAGUAUUUGGGAGUGCCUCUUAUAUCUACUAAGCUUAUGUAUAAGGAUUGCAAGAUUCUUGUGGACCGGGUAGAUAAAAAGAUCGAUCAUUGGAUGAAUAAAACUCUUUCUUUUGCGGGUAGACUCCAACUGAUUAAAUCAGUCAUAUCGGCUAUGCAUAUUUAUUGGGCAUCUGUGUUUAUGCUUCCAGCGCGUAUUAUUGGUGAUAUUGAAAAGCGUAUGCGGAAUUUUCUAUGGAGCGGGGGGCUGAAUAAAGUUAGCCAUCCUAAAGUGGCAUGGAAAAAUGUUUGUCUUCCUAAGACGGAAGGGGGAUUGGGUGUUCGAAGGAUCCAGGAUAUGAAUAAAGCUCUUCUCGCUAAUCAUGUUUGGAGUAUUUUGCUUAAAAGGGAGUCGUUGUGGGUUAAAUGGGUCCAUUCUUACAGGAUUAAGGGCAAGAACUUUUGGGAUAUUCCGUUGCGGGGUAGCAUGACUUGGGGGUGGCGGAAAAUUCUUAACCUUCGUGCUUCUAUUCGCCAGUUUACUUGGUAUGAGAUUGGUAAUGGCCAGAGCACGAAUGCAUGGCAUGAUAACUGGUGUAAUCAUAGUCCUUUGGGAGCCUUCAUUACGCCAAGACGCAUACAUGGGGCGGGAUUUAAUAUGAGUUCUAGAGUUGCGGAUCUUGUCAGUCACCGUAGUGAGUGGACAUGGCCUAGCUCGUGGCUUCAGCUAUAUCCGGGUUUGAUGAGUCUUGUGCCGCCUAUUCUGAAUCAAAAUGCUCCGGAUAAGUUGAUAUGGAAGGAUAGAGAUGCUAAGCAUAGGGAGUUCAGUACUUAUGAAGCCUGGGAUAACGUUCGUUCGCGGGGGGAAGAGGUUCUUUGGGCUGAGCUGGUGUGGUUUUCUCAGUGUAUCCCGAGGCAUUCGUUUCACAUGUGGCUUGUUAUAAAAAAUAAGCUCAAAGUAAUAGAACAAAUGGCUCUGGCGACUCUGGGCGAUAUUGGCGAUCUACUGAAACCCUAA